AAGGUUGACCCAGCUUUCUAGCUUUUGAUUAUAAACAAUGUACUAGGUACAUUAAAUUCUAAUCAAAGUCAAACACUUUCAUUUUCUCUUCCACAUUGUCAUACUUCAUCAUCAUCAACCAGUAAGAACAAUAUACAAAUAAUAGAAGAGACACUGAAGAAGACACCAUUGAACCUGAGAGAGUGAUUCAAUGAAGAAAAUGAAAGAGGUGAUAGGAAUAAUGAAGGACAAAGCCUCACAAAGCAAAGCUGCAAUUUUAUCAAAACGGAAAACUCUUUCUCUCUUACGCGCCACAACCCACGACUCUUUCGCCCCUCCAGCACACAAGCACCUUACCACCCUUCUUUCCUCUGGCGACGGUUCACGCGCCACCGCGUCUACCGCGGUUGAGCUUCUCAUGGACCGUCUCCAAACAACUCACAACUCAGCGGUGGCUCUCAAAUGCUUAAUCGCUGUCCAUCAUAUUAUCAAACACGGCGCGUUCAUCCUCCGUGACCAGCUCUCCGUUUACCCUUACACCGGUGGUAGAAACUAUCUCAACCUCUCUAACUUCCGUGAUAAAACAAGUUCGGUCUCAUGGGAACUAUCUUCUUGGGUUCGAUGGUACGCGCAACACAUAGAACAUCUUCUGUGUGCUUCUAGAAUACUCGGUUACUUCCUCGGCGAAACGAUAUCGCAUGAGGAAAGUGUUUCGAGUCUGGUAACUAGUGAUCUGUUGAGAGAAAUAGAUUCUUUGGUGGCCAUGAUGGAAGGGAUUGGGAAAAGACCAAAUAGUCCAAUAAUGGAGCAGCAGAAUAAGGUGGUUGUUGAGAUAAUGGAUUUGGUGGAAGAUGAUGGGGUUGUGGUUGUGAAUGAAGUUUUGGUUAGAGUGAAGGAAUUUGGAGAGAGGGAGAGAUUGGGUUGUCUUGGGUUUGGAGAAGUUGUUGAAUUGGUUUGUGUUUUGAAGAGAUUGGAGAUGUGUAGAGAGAGAAUGGUGAUGGUGAUGGAGGAGAAGAAGUUUUGGAAUUUGGUGAGAGAAUUGAAGGAAAAGGUUGGGAAGAUGAAGGUGUAUAGGGAAGAAGGGAAGGUUUACAGGACGGUGGGAAAAGACAGAGGAACUGAGUCUGUUCGGUUUUGAUUUCAAUCGGUUUGGUUCUUCAAGGCUCUUUUAGUAAUGUUUUGUUUACCUAGUUUCUUUCUUUUAUAUGUUGAAAUUGUUGUGUAUAGAAAUAGUAGAAAUAGGUUCUAAUGUUUUGUUUGUGAAUUUCUUUCUUUAAAGUAGAAAUUUUAGUGUAUAGAUAGUAGAAAUUGAAGUAGGAAUUCACAAUGUUGUGUGACGGAUGCUUUAGGUUGAAGUUGAAACUAAAAGUGUGCCCAUGUCUAAAGUGUGCCCUUGUCUAAUUUGCGUGUUUUGGAAAGAUAAUUUUGGUAGAUAUAAUUCAUUUCGG